UCCUACCGGUUCUGUCCAUUCUUUAACAACUAGGUAUAAUAUUAUAAUUACCAAUCUAUAUAUUAUCUGCGGCCAUGACAACGUCCCGAACGUUUCCAUGCGUAACCCAUCAUUUUUAUAAACACCAGUGUAUAGAUACUAUGUUAUUUGUUGUUUGGAAUUAUAUUAUGUAGAUUCUUUCGUUGUUUUAAAUCACCAUAAUACCUCCGUACUCUAGACUACCUGUAUUUAUUAAAUCAAGCCCGACGGACCUACAGGUAGGACAACAACUAAUUUUAUUCAACAAAACCAACACUGAACGAGAGGUAUAUCUGGUAAAUUUUAACGAUAUGAGUCCGCCUUCGAAUUACCACGUACAAAAAAUAUUCGACACCUACGCCAAAAGUCAGCUGACAUUCGUGCAGAACUUCGCGGGACAGGCGAACGAACUGGCGUACGCCGAAUGCCUUCGCGAGAAUCACGCGGUCGAAAUAGUCCAGCCGCUUUUGGACAACAUCGACCCCGAGGUGAGGAUGACAGCGGUGCUGGGCUUGUCGAGACUGGCCGGAAAUAGCCGGGCGUGUGCCAAACAAAUACUGUGUGCGAACAAUCUACUGAAAGGGCUGCUCGGGCAGAUCGCCAGCGAAAACAAAUCUUACAAAAAAAAUUCCAUGAAACUCAUUCGGAAUCUAAGUAAACACUUGUCGUCGUGUUCUGAAAUGAUAUUAAGCGGAUGUGAUGGAAUACAUGCUAUUUUAACAUGUAUGAAAGACUCAGAUGUAUUAGUGAGAGAAGUAGCUUUGCAAGCAAUUAGUUCCAUCGCUGGCCAAGAUCCUAGUAUUUCAGUACUCAUCAUAAGUUCUGGUAUAUUGCCACAAAUUGUCCAAAGCUUAAAAGAGGAACGACACAAUUUUAAAUUACAUGCUUUGUCCACUUUAAGCGAGAUAGCUAAACACAACCAAAAAUUAGCCAAAAAAAUUGUGGACAUGAAUACUUUACCUAAAGCGAUAAUAUUUUUAUCGACUAAUUAUACCACAGAAAUCAAACUUCAGGCAAGUGCAUUAGCAUUGAUAAAAAACAUUGCUAAGCACUCGUUGACCUUAACCGAAACAGUAAUCGAGUCAAACAUAUUUCCGGAAGUAUUGCUGCUGAUGGCGCAUCCAGACGAAUCUAUACGUUACAAUUCGGCUGACGUCGUUUACGAAGUAGUCAAACAUUCUGUCGAAAUUUCUAAGAUGAUCGUGACUACUGGCGGUAUAGUUUCAUUGUUGAACAUAAUUUUGAAUAGCAAAGAAUAUCCUUCUACUCCAGCUAUACUCGCGUUGGGAUACAUUUCCUCCAUGUCACCAUCACUCGCGAUGGCUGUUAUCAAUUCCAAGGUAUUGAAACAUUUGACUGCCGUCCUAAAAAGCGAUACAGAUAACGAUUGUUUAAAAGCCGGUACAGCUUGGACAUUAGAAAUGAUAGGUCAACACGGUGCUAAACAUUCGAAAUCCGUUUUUGAUUGCAAUGCCGUGAGCGCUAUGAUUGAUGUUUACAUUGACACAAGUCCAACACGCGAGGCCCAUCAUAAAUGCAAAAGUGCCAUUCAAAUCAUACUGAGCAAAUGCGAAGACUUUGCUGCUUUAGAACAAUUGUUGACACCAUCAACUCCUAUAAAAAUAAUGCCGCACAUACUUCUUAAAAUGAGCAAAAUGUUAACAAAAAGCUUUAAAGCACGGCGAAUUUUUAUUAAGCGGGGACAUUUGAAAAUGAUUCAAAACCUUAAACCAGAAAUAAAUUCACAUCUGUAUCAUGUUAUCAAAUCUGUUAAUUGUUGUUUCCCAGAGACUAUACUACAGAUGGUAUCUGGAGACAUUCCAGAAUCGAUUUUGAAAAAAUUGGACAAGUAUGUGCCAAAAAGUCAAUGUUUCUUAUACGAUACCGAUAUAAAAACUUGCAAUAUUUUCACCAAUCCUGUUUAGUCGUGGAGAACACUAUUUGAGGUGGAAUCGGUAUUUAAAUAUGAUAAAGUUUUAUACAUUUGAUAAAUUAUAUUUACUAACACAAUUUAAAUGAUAAAUAUAUAUAUUUUUU